UGCGAUUUCUAGCGAAAUUUGGCCUCGACGGCGGAGUUUAAGACAGGUCACUUGCGCUGCUCUCGGGCGACAUUGCCGUCUCCGGGCCGCAGCAGUUCGCACAGAUCCUCACUGAGCCAUGUCGGCCGACGCCACAGCGACCGACGGCAUGACUGCCAAGCAGCGACGGCUGGCGAAACGCGCGGCCGCGCGGGCGGCUGCAAGCAAUGGCACCCCUGCUGCUGCAGCAGUGCCAGCGCCCGCGAGCGCGGCCCCGUCAAGCGACGCAAGCGACAGCAUGACUGCGAAGGCCCCGUCGAGCGACGCAAGCGACGGCAUGACUGCGAAACAGCGCCGCCUAGCGAAACGAGCCGCAGCGCGCGCGGCCGAGGCGCCGGCACCGGCGCCGGUGCCGCGCGGCGCGGCGACGUCGUCGGCGCCGGCGCCGGCCGGCCGCACGACGGCCAAGGAGCGGCGACUAGCAAAACGCGCCGCCGCGCGCGGAGAGGCGGCGCCCGCGGCGGCGCAGGCGCCGCAGGCGCCGGCGGCGGCGCCGACGACGGCCAAGGAGCGCCGCCUCGCGAAGCGCGCCGCCGCGCGCGGCGAGGGCCCCGCCGCGCCGCCGCCGAAGCGGGCCUCACAACCACCGAAGCGCGCGCCGCUCGUGGCCUUCGUCGGCCAGCUCCACUACUCCACCACCAAGGAGCGCAUCGAGCAGUUCUUCCGGAGCCAGGGCGUCGAGGGGACCCUGAAGGUGCGACUGUUAACGGACGCGAAGACGAAAAGAAGUAGAGGUAUGGCGUUCGUGGAGUGCGAGACGGCGGAAGCGCUGUAUGCGUGCGUCGCGUGCCACCACGCCCAUUUGGACGGGAGAAGAGUUAAUGUGGAAAAGAGUGCUGGUGGGGGCAAGGCCACCAAAAAGGACAAGCUCAAGAGGCAUCGCGAGCGGCAGGACCAAAAAAUCGAGGAGAGCGUCGAUAGAGUUAUAGGCGAGUUCGUGUCGCAAGGUCGGAUUGAAGAGAGGGUGUUUGAUGAAGGGGUGCGGAAAUUGCUGCAAAGGCGCUCUGGAAGAGUGGCCAAUAUGGCCCUGGAAGAGUUCGCGUCACUCGAGGGGAGGGAAAGUUUUGAUAAUCCCGCGGCCUACCUGACGAAGAUCGUUUGUAGGAUUUCCGCGGAAGAGAACCCCUUCGAGAAGUUCUCUGGGAAAUUGUCAGAGCCCGAGAUUUUGGCGCCGCGGCGGCUCGAGGACAUGAAGCGGGAGCGGUCGCCCUCCGUCGAGGCCGUGCCCGAGUCAGCGGAGGUCGCGCUCAACGCGAAGGAGCGGCGGCGCCUGAAGCGCGCGAAGCUUCAGAAAGAUCAGGAGGGCGUCGACGCGAUCUUCGCGGGGCUGGCGUAAGUAUGUGUAGUGGA